AUGUUUUUUUUGGGGGGGGGGAGUUUUUUUGCUGUUACCAUAAUUAAUUAUUUAUCACGAUAUACCGCUCUCAGGGUUGCCACUGGUACACUAAGAAUAGUUAAUUACCACAAUGAUUGUUUGGUUCGAUAUUGGUACUCAUGCUGUAUGCACUCCAGUGCUGUUGAGAAAUACGCAGUACGAUCACUGCAUGCUCUCAAUCCCGGCAAGGAGACGCCCCGCAUAUUGAUCAUCGAUCGUUGGCAAGGGUCCAGGAGGCUCAUUUAUAGGGUUAGGGGUUCCUAUAAGUAA